AUGGCUAUGCGCAACUCGCGGGUACAGGGCCUGCCGUUUCGAAUCAUCCAUUCUGUCGGCCUUUCGCGGCAAAUAAUUCGCCCCUUCCAUCGAAAUGUGACACCCUCGGUGCCUUCUCCGACCCCCUUCGUCCCCGAUGUCCAGACCUUUCUCACGUUGAUCGGCCGAGAAAUGUCCAAGCACGCGAGCAAAAUCUCCUCGUGGGACCAACUUUUCACUCUUAACUCGACCCAGCUCCGAGAAGCCGGCAUUGAAAAUACUCGCCAGCGACGAUAUCUCAUUCGGAAGCGGGAGAAGUUCAGGAACGGACUGUACGGCCCUGGAGGAGACCUGGAACGAGUUGUGGACGGCGUCGCCCAAUUGCGAGUGGUGGAAGUCCCCAGCGAAUUCACAACGCAGGAUAAGGACCAGGCUGCUAGAUCCACCAUCACCUCCUCGGCCACAUCGACGCCGGGCAUGAAAAAAGCCAUCGUCAACCUUGCCCCCGGUGCCACAGAAUACAAGCACUCGGCGUCUGCACAGCUGAAGAAGUUUGCGCAUAUGAAGAUUCACCGCGGCUCGAAAAUUAUGGGCCCAUUCCUUCAGCCGGUCAAGGGUAGUCAUGGCUCCGCUGCAACAAUCGCCGUGCAGGAGGGCAUGUGGGAAGACAAGCGAGGACAGAAAGUUGACGGCGGUGAACGACGACGGGUGGAAGUGAGGGCGAAGAAGAGACUGGAGGAGCGGAGAAAACAAGCGUAA